UAGGAGGAAGCGGUAAGAGUGCUGACAGCCUCUAGGAACCGGUGUCGUGUAUCUUCAGGCACUGUAUCCCACAUCCUUCCAGCGAUAACACUGAGUUUUGACCCACCCCAUCAAAAGAAGAGGACACACCCCUGCUCCUCUCAAAGAUAUCUUAAACCAGUGAAACCAGUUGACUUGUAAUCGAAGCAACACUUGUGUGCUCGAGUUUCCAGAAGGGCCCGGGGAUUAACGGGUAAACGACAGUGGGAUGGAAACUCAGAUCCAUGUGCCUGUCGGCUCGCCGGUUAUACGCAGGAUUCACGUUUUUGUAGACGAGCACAAUGUGACGGAAGGAGCAAUGAAGAUCAUGAAAGAGCUGAGACCGGCGUGGGAGACGAACCAUGUCAGGACCAAGUUAUUCACUGAUGGGACAACCAACAAACUGGUGGGCUGCUACGUGGACGAUAAUCCAGAAGAUGUGGUUUUGGUGCGUGUUUAUGGCAACAAAACGGAGCUAAUUGUGGACAGAGACAAUGAGCUUAAAAGCUUUCAGGUGCUGCAUGCUAAUGGUUGUGCUCCCCGUCUUUACUGCACAUUUCAAAAUGGCAUAUGUUACGAAUACAUGCAGGGGGAUGCUCUUGGGACACAAGAUGUUAGGGAUCCUUCUUUACUCAGACUGAUUGCUGGAGAAAUGGCUCGCGUCCACGCCAUUCAUGCGCAUAACGGAUGCAUCCCGAAGCCCAAUCUCUGGAUUAAGAUGCAAAAAUACUUUUCCCUUGUGGCUACAGAGUUCACAGAACAAGCUUCCAACAUAAGAAUCCAGAAGGAAGUGCCAAGCAAGGAGUUGCUGGAGCAGGAGAUGCUAUGGAUGAAGGAGCAUCUCUCUACACUGGGGUCGCCUGUGGUGCUCUGCCACAAUGACCUGCUCUGCAAGAACAUAAUACACAACAGCAAAGACGCUCACGUUCGGUUCAUAGACUAUGAGUACUCCAGUUACAACUACCAGGCUUUCGACAUUGGCAACCACUUCAACGAAUUUGCAGGCAUGGCAGAGCUGGACUAUGGCCUGUACCCAAGUCCGGAGAUGCAGAUGGACUGGCUCAGAUUCUACCUGCAAGCUUAUAAACUUUUCACCAAGAAGACAGAAGAGGUCAGCGCUAAAGAACUAGAGACACUCUAUGUGCAGGUCAACAAGUUUGCUCUGGCUUCUCACUUCUUUUGGGGUUUCUGGGCCCUCAUUCAGGCCAAAUACUCCUCUAUCGACUUUGACUUCCUCAGGUACGCCGUGUUGCGUUUCAAUCAAUACUUCAAGAUCAAGCCCACGGUGAUGGCCUUGCAGAUUCCAGAGUGAGAGGAAAUGGAAGGCCAACAUUAUUGGGAGCUCUUCUUUCGGGGGCCAAAGAUUAUUUGGACUCCUGCUUUUUCUUCAUGGCACUUUGCUCUGGAGCAAGCCCGAAAAGCUGACUUCAUUCCUCCCAAAUGUAGCUCAAUAUUUGUGACGAUGUGUCUUAUUCGUCUGACCAACACUGGAUGUCUUGCUUCCAGGCAGCUGAACUCUCACUUCGUGUUUGAGUUUGAGAGAGCUUACUUUUUACAAAGAAUAUGUGCCACUUCCUUGUAAUGGAAGUCACGAGAGAGGCAUUUGUGUUGAACGCUCCUGUUCCAUCGCCAGGUACCUUCUCUCUCUGCUCGACGAGGCUCCUCUCACCACUGAGAAUUACGCACACAUAAUUGUCCUCUGGGUUCUGCAGCGCUUAUUUUAUUUUUUCUACUGUGCAGUGCUCUGAAUCAGUGCCUCAAGCAACCAUUAAUAAGUGCUUAAGUGGAACGAGCCACGUAGGUGUGGCAUUAUUCAGUCUGUGGAGUGUGCAUUUGACACCAUUGCUUCCUUUUAUUGUGUCAUCCAAUUUUCAUUCUCUGGUGCUAAAUUUUAGCGAAACCGCUGCUGCUACUACUUCUCAGUAUCCCAAACAUUGUGGGAUUUCUCAAAAAAAAAAAAAAUGUUUGGGAAUCUGCAAAAUGGAAAAGCUCUUUGGACACCUUGGAGCUGUCAACGGAGGGGAAAAGCAGCGCGUGCGCAUUUCUACGUUUAUUGGAAGACUUGUUCAGCAUCUCAGGUGAAGCAACUGCAUCGACUGUACAGUGACGCUGCUGCAUGAACUUAGAUGGGCUCUGACCUUGAACUGCUUUUUUUUCACCACCUUGACUUUUAUGGUCGCAGUGAGCCGCUCUGUUGAUCUUUCCGUCGAAACUUUCCAGACCUCAUGGAAAAUCACCACCUCAGUCACCUGAGCUGAGGAAAAGUUCCCGCCGGCCGCAUCCUUCUCCUCACUUUGCUUUCAAGGCCAUUGAAUUUAAACAAUCCCUAAAAAUGCUCUUGACGACCCCCAAAAAAUCGACUGCUCCAGAAAAUAUUUCACGGAACCUCACAAUCUUAAACCUGGAUCUUGGCUUGUUGAUUAACAUUGUUUGCCCUUAUCUUUUACAUCAACUAAUGUAUUGUCAACUAAUGUGGUUAAAUGAGUGUUGGUGGUGGAAAGUCAGUCAAGGGUGGUUGAGGUUUUUGCACUUUUUGCUAAGCUAAACUAGCAAGGUGUGUUUGUUUAGAACCCUUUUUUGGCGGGGGGGGAUGCUGGGUCAGGUGAUAAAAACUCAACAAGAAAAGUGAAAUACUGUACCAAUGAUGCAUUUGAUUCGUCUUAUUUAUUGAGGGGAAACAUGUUGAAAUCAUACUGAAAAGCUUAGUUUGCUUGCAUUGCACUUCAUUUAAGGUUUGGAUGUGACGCCGUGUGUGACACUUGACAUGAUUGACGAAUCACUAUACAGAUUAAUUUAUUUUUCCUUUCGAUGUACUUUUUCUAAAUACAGUACUUGACAGGAAAAAAGAUAAACCCGGUGAUGUCUGCAGGCAUGUACGUGAUAAAUGGACUCACUGACUGCUAAAAGAUGUACAAAGAUGAAGGCUGUAAAUAUCAUCUUGAGAAAUAUUGUCAAUUGUUUCUGUGCAUUGAUUCUUUACACUAUUGUUGGACUUACGAGAUGUAUUUAACAUUUAUUUACUAGUCUUAUUAAAAUGUAUUCAAUAAAACAUGCCGAUUGAG